UGCAGUAAAUCGCCGGGUUACCGCUGAGACCUGGUGGUUCUGUAACAGUAAGGCAGUAUUGGGAGAUAGAAGUGCUUUCGAAUGAGGAGGUUAAUUUGAGGAAGUGACUCAAGCUCCUCCUUUUCCAUAUUUCAAGAUGGCUGGGAUUCCUUUAUAUUUUGUUGAAACGCAGGAUGACUUGGACGACUUUGGAUUUGAAGAUUAUGGGUCAGAAUGUGAUGGGAUAAGAAUAACUGCAUUUUUGGAUGUAGCCGGUCAAGAUAACCUGACUCCACUAGCUCGACUGGAAAAAUAUGCUUUCAGUGAAAAUCUUUUCAACAGACAAAUUGUUGCACGUGGCCUUCUGGAUGUGCUCCGAUCUUUCAGCGAUGAUGAGAAGGAUUUUUUAGCUGUAAUGGAAAUUGUGCUGAGGCUGUCAGAAGAUGCAGAACCAACCGUUCGAGCGGAGCUAAUGGAGCAGGUACCUCACAUCGCAUUUUUUCUCCAGGAGAACAAGGGACGUUUUCCAACCGCAUUUUCCAAAUACUUGGUUCCAGUUGUAGUGAGAUACCUUACUGACCCCAACAACCAGGUAAGGAAGACAAGCCAGGCUGCCUUGUUGGUAUUACUGGAGCAGAAUUUCAUUGAUAAAAAUGAUAUAGAAGCCAAGGUGUGCCCAAUUCUGUUAGAACUUGCGGCUCCAGACAGUGAUGAUGACUACAAGGUUGAAGCAGUUGCUAUAAUCUGCAAAAUGUCCUGCAUGUUAAGCAAAGAAAUUGUGGAAAAGCUGUUGCUGCCUCGAUUCUGUGACUUGUGCUCUGAUGAAAGGUUGUUCCAAGUCCGUAAGGUUUGUGCUGCUAACUUUGGAGACAUCUGCAACACAGUUGGUCAAGAAGCUACAGAGAAAUAUUUGAUACCAAGGUUCUUUGAACUAUGCUCUGACAAUGUAUGGGGGAUUCGAAAAGCAUGUGCCGACUGUUUCAUGGCUGUGUCUUGUUCAGCCUCGCCAGAGAUGCGUAGGACUAAACUCUCACCACUCUUCAUAAAUCUUAUCUGUGAUCCCUCAAAAUGGGUUCGCCAAGCAGCAUUUCAGUCUCUGGGACCAUUUAUUUCUACCUUUGCUAAUCCGUCAAGUGCUGGACUGUACAUAAAAGAUGAUGGGACCUUAAGCAUCAGGCAGUUAAAUGAGGACACACGUUCGGUUUCCAGCAGUGAUAAGAAUGCACCGAAUUGUCACACCAGUAACUGCAAUUCUGAGAAAGUGGAUUCUAUUGAAGCUUCUGUGCGUCUUUCACCAGGAAAUAAUACUCCAUGCAGUGUAGAAACUUUGCAGGAUACCAUGGAAGAAAAGUCAAAGAAUGUCACAGAAGCCCAGACCAGUGUCUUUGAUGGUACUUCCAUAGAUGCUUCAAAACUACCUCUCUCCACUUGUACAGAUGACAAGCCUUGCAUCUCUGAGAAUGGGAGUAAAAGUAAUGGUCAAGCUUCAGGCAGUGGUGGUGAACAGAACAUGACCACUGAGUGCUGUUUGGCCAGUCAUCAGCUUCCUGUGGACAACUUUAACUCUUUUUAUUACUGGCGGCCACCUCUCCCUGAUAUUAGCCAGGAGCUGGAGCUUCUACAUUUGGACGCUAAACAGCAGGAGGCCACAGAAGAGUCCCAUUGUAAGUGUCACAGCUAUACUACCAGCAGUGAAAUUGAAAAGGUGCUCAUGAGUUUACAGCCCCAUAUGGAUGAUCCAAAUGUCCAAGCUCAGAUUCAAGUACUUUCUGCUGCUCUAAGAGUGGCACAGCUGGACUGUCAACCAGAGGAUGAGUUAAAAGACCAGGAGGAAAGUUACAGCAACUUACUUUCAGGUGAAUGUAGUUUAAGCUCAUGCAGCUUGACAGACGAGAAGAAUGUAGCAGUGUCUGAAUCACCUUUUGGAGAGCAUGCAUCACAGACUAUGAAUUCAGAAGAUUGGCAAAAUGAAAGUACAGAAUCAUCAGAUAAAGAAGAUGACAAUGAAUUGCUUUUUGGAGAAGAGAAAUUCAAAGUACAGGAUAUCAUUCCACAGCCACUGUUGGAGCAGUAUCUGUCAAUGACCGAUCCAGCACGAGCUCAGACUGUUGACACCGAAAUAGCAAAGCAUUGUGCUUAUAGUCUUCCUGGUGUUGCACUGACCCUGGGGAGAAAGAACUGGCACUGUCUGAAAGAUACCUAUGAGACCUUGGCAUCUGAUGUGCAGUGGAAGGUCCGUAGAACACUGGCAUUUUCCAUCCAUGAGUUGGCAGUUAUCCUUGGAGAUCAGCUGACUGCUGCAGACCUGGUGCCAAUUUUUAAUGGGUUUCUGAAAGAUUUGGAUGAGGUGCGAAUUGGAGUUUUAAAACACCUGUAUGAUUUUCUUAAGUUACUUCAUGAGGACAAAAGGAGAGAGUACCUUUAUCAGCUGCAGGAGUUUAUGGUAACAGAUAACAGCAGGAACUGGAGAUUCAGAUAUGAACUGGCAGAGCAGCUAAUUCUAAUAUUAGAGUUGUACAACCCCACUGAUGUAUAUGACUACCUGCGACACAUCGCUCUAACGCUGUGCUCAGACAAAGUUUCUGAAGUCAGAUGGAUCUCAUUUAAGUUGGUUGUGGCUAUUUUACAGAAGUUUUAUUCAAAUGGUACUAGCGCCUUAGGACUGAACUUCAUUAAUGAGCUCACACUUAAAUUCCGGCAUUGUCCUAAAUGGGUGGGAAGGCAAGCAUUUGCCUUUAUUUGCCAGGCAGCUGUGGAAGCAGAGUGUAUGCCUGUUGACCAGUUUGUUGAGCACUUGCUUCCCAAUCUCCUGAGUCUUGCUUCUGACCGAGUAGCAAAUGUGAGAGUAUUGCUGGCCAAGGCUCUCAGGCAAACGUUGCUGCAAAAAGUGUACUUCACAAGUGUUGGAAACCCUCAUCUAGAAGAAGUUGAAGAGACAGUUUUAGUGCUACAGUCUGAUGGAGAUAAAGAUGUUCGUUAUUUUGCAACUGUAGAACCAGCUCAAAAUCCUGUAGGCCUUACAACUUUUGUAAACUGAAACUAAAGGCAUUUGUUUGCAAACUGGAGCCUGCUUAUUGCUGUUAAAAUGCAGCAAAGUCUUAUUAACCACUGCACAGAACAUUUCCCUUUUUAUAUGAUGUAGUCAUUGAUUUGGCUGCUGUCUAGUAGGUUAUACAACCUCAUUCAGAAGCUAUGCUGACAGCCAUACCCAUGUCAUUCAUCUCUCUGCUGCAGGUAGAAUGUAUGCUGAAUACCUACUGUUCAAGAUGAUAUUUCAGCAAUGUACAAUACAAAGAUUCUAUUUCAUGAAGAAUCAAUUAUAUUUGUAUAUAAAUUGCAAAUAAAUAUAAAUAUGUCCAUAUCUACUAGAUUCUUCCUGUCAUUUUAUGCUGCUUAAAAGUUUAUUUUAUUAACUCAGACAAUUACUGCUGAUAAAUACAUUUUUGUUCAUAAAUUUUUGAUUUAUAUAAAUUGUAUUAACUUGGAGACCAUUUGUGUUUAAACAUUUUGUUACUUACAGAACAACCUGGUUAAAAAAAAUAUUCAUAAAAUGUUUUUUAUGGUGCAUUAUGAGGAGAACCAUGUCAGACAAUUCCAAAAAUCAAAGUAACUGUAUUAUAGCCAAAAUGUACCUAUUUAAAAAUAAUUCAUAUUUUAAAUGUAUUAAAAAACUAAUCCCUGUAUACCUUUGUAUAUAGUUUAUCAAGUUUUAAAAUGGGAUUUUUUUAAUUUUUAUGAGGUUACCUUUAUUUACUAUUUCUAAUUUUAAUUGUUUGUGGUCAUUGACUUGCAAAGAAGAUGUGCUAAAUUAAAUGAUUUUAAAUCAC